AUGUUCUCGCCAUUGACAGACCUCGCUUCCUUGACUGACACGCGUCUGGACAGACUCCAUCUCUAUGGAAUUGUCACCCGUGUCAUGCGGCCCCCUUUCCAGUGUGUCAACGGCGAUAAUCAUGGCAUCACAUUCAAGUUGGCCAGCUUGACGGAUCCCUCGGUCCAGAGGAACUGCAUCUACUUUGCCAGUACGAAGGAGGGCUUACCUAAAGUCUGGGCAGGCAGCAUAUUCGAAGUCGUCAACGCCAAGUACACGCGGCAUCAUAGAUACGGCUGGGAAAUCCGUGUUUCGCCAUAUAUGAACGCGCGCUGGCAAGCCAUCCCGUUUCUUCUUCAGCGUCAAUCAUAG